CUUUCUGUCUUCUCACACAGAAUUCGGGCUCUGGUGGAGCCCAGCUGUCAGUAUUUCACAGGAGGCCCAGGGGUGCGCGCUGAGGGACGGCUGCUGGGCCAGCAGUGGUCAGGCUCACCAGGGUCAGAAGCGCUUGCCAAGCGGGCUGUGAGGCCAGCGAACGGCCAGCCACCUUCCUCUUACCUGCCAACCGUUGCAGCACAAACACCUGAGCCUUCCUGGAAAGAUGCCCAGCCUUAGACCCCACCCACCGCUGAGCCACCAUCCACCUCCACGUGAGUCGUGCUCUAGGCCAAAAGGAGCUACUUCAGCCUGCGGAGCCACCUCUAAAGACCAAGUCCGAGCAUCUAUUGUCCCCGGUGUUUGCUAGGGACCCCACCGCAGGGUUUGAUCCACAGACAGCCUCCUCCAUUGUGAACCGAUCCGUGGCUUCCUAUCCUGUGGGCUUCAGCGCCAUGGCCACAGAGGAGAAGAAGCCGGAGACAGAGGCCGCAAGGGCACAGCCCACCCCUUCCUCCUCGGCCACGCAGAGCAAGCCGACACCUGUUAAACCAAACUAUGCUCUAAAGUUCACCCUGGCUGGCCACACGAAAGCGGUGUCCUCCGUGAAGUUCAGCCCGAAUGGAGAGUGGUUGGCAAGCUCAUCUGCUGACAAACUCAUUAAGAUCUGGGGCGCCUAUGAUGGGAAGUUUGAGAAAACUGUCUCAGGCCACAAGUUGGGAAUCUCCGAUGUGGCCUGGUCAUCGGACUCCAACCUCCUCGUGUCUGCUUCAGAUGACAAAACCUUGAAGAUAUGGGACGUGAGCUCUGGAAAGUGUCUGAAGACCCUGAAGGGCCACAGCAACUAUGUCUUCUGCUGCAACUUCAACCCGCAGUCCAACCUCAUCGUCUCAGGGUCUUUUGAUGAGAGCGUGAGGAUCUGGGACGUGAAGACGGGGAAGUGCCUCAAGACGCUGCCUGCUCACUCCGACCCCGUCUCGGCUGUUCAUUUUAAUCGUGAUGGAUCCUUGAUAGUUUCCAGCAGCUACGACGGUCUCUGCCGCAUCUGGGACACCGCAUCCGGCCAGUGCCUGAAGACGCUCAUUGAUGACGACAAUCCCCCGGUGUCCUUCGUGAAGUUCUCUCCGAAUGGCAAAUACAUCCUGGCGGCCACUCUGGACAACACACUGAAGCUCUGGGACUACAGCAAGGGGAAGUGCCUGAAGACGUAUACGGGCCACAAGAACGAGAAGUACUGCAUAUUUGCCAAUUUCUCUGUGACUGGCGGGAAGUGGAUCGUGUCUGGCUCUGAGGACAACCUGGUGUACAUCUGGAACCUGCAGACCAAGGAGAUUGUGCAGAAGCUGCAGGGCCACACAGAUGUGGUGAUCUCGACGGCUUGUCACCCCACGGAGAACAUCAUCGCCUCUGCCGCCUUAGAGAAUGACAAAACCAUUAAACUGUGGAAGAGCGACUGCUAAGCCCUCCUGGACCGAGACUGUCGGAAGUCAACCGGUUGGCAAGAAGCGUGGCAUGGCACAGGUGUGGGGCCUGGGUGGCCGCCCGCAUCUGCGGCUCUGAGGACGGUGGGCCGAGGGACGCGCACCCCAGGAGGCUCUGGCGUUGCUGGGACGUUUCUUGCCAGCCCUGUCCUCGCCCAGGGAGGAGUUCCCAGUUCAUUUGCUCAGAGGCCACAAAAGUUUUAAAUUUUUUAUCACAAGAGAGCGAAGUUCGAUUUAUCAUGGGUUGUUUUUUCCAGUACUUGUUCUGUACAUUUUUGAUAUUUUCCCACCCAGUGCGAGCAAGCGCUGUGCCCUGGCUCAGGCUGCGGGCACUGCCAGCUCACCGAUCCCCGCCCGAAGCAGUGCCCGGCACGUUUGCUCGUCUCCGGGAGCACAAAGUGUUGUGAGGCUCCUUGCGUGUCGAGUCCUUUGUACCCGGAGUUCUGGGCCGGGCGCUGACACAUGGCGACCGCAGGCCGUGUCCCCCCCGUCUUUGGCCUCCAUGCAGCUGCACGGACUGUAAUAAACGGUGGGCUUCUGCACUGGCUCCUGGCACCUGCGUUCCGACGGGAGCUCGUCUCCACCUGGCGUAUGACUCGCUUGGCAGGGGCAGGUGGGCAGGGGCAUCCGGAGGUGCUGCCAUCUGGCCCCUCCCUGUCCAUUGGAGGCUGGGCUUCCUGUGGCGCCCGGGGCCCAGUGCUUCCUGUGGGCCUGUUGGGCCUGUGGGUGGCAGUGACCUGCAUCCUAGGCCACACUCCAUGACCAGCAUGGGAGGGAACGGGCUGUGGUGCCCUCAAGGCUGGGCGUCCUCCCUCCUGCCACCCUCGGAGCUACUCCUGGGGCCCCUGGCCUCACUGAGCAUCCCGAGCAGUCCUACCCCAGCUGGGGCCUCUGGCAUCUGGCUCCUCAGGGGUCGGGUCUGGGGAGAGGUGGCGGCCAGGCUCCUAGGCGCCGUCUGGCCGAGUCUAUGGGAGCCUGACCGGAAGGAAGGAGGUGGACAUGGGGCUCCAGCCCAUGUCUGCUCAUGGAGACUGCUGAGCGCGGGCUGCAGGGGUGUCAGGCACGUCGCCCUGCGGGGUCCCCCCCAUCUGCAGCACUGAGGAGCUGGUGUCACCUCAGGGUCCAAGGCCCAGGGCAGAGCCUGCAGGACCGUAGGUGGACAGACAGGCCCAGAGCAGGGUGUGGGGGCCUGUGGGGACCCCCAGCGAGUCCCUGUUUCCAGCCAGGGAGGCCCUGGGCACCCUCCAUGCCUGCAGUCCAGUGGUGCGAGGUAAGAAUCCCGGAAGGCCCGGGGCAGAGGCUUGGGGCAGUUUCCUCAUCCCCCUCCCCUCGGAAGGAGGCGCAUGCAUGGGCUGUCAGUGACGUCCCUUGUGGCAGCAGGAGGGGACUCUGGCCCUAACACCCAGUGGCCAGGGUCCGAGGCCUGCGCCUGCCACCUGUAUAACAGACCCACCGAGCUGCUGUGGGGCUUCCUGUCCUAGGUGGAGCCUUUCCUGGGAGGGCAGGGCUUGCUGUGGUGAACGCUGUGUCCUGAAUAUAGUUUAUUUUUUCUACAGUUGAACUCUCUGUUGUAGAUUUAUGUAAAAAUACAUCUCUUUUUCAAAAUAAA